AUGGACGAUGUCAUAUACAACAAAAACGACGACACAAACAUCGCCAUGGUCGUAAACGCCACACUAAUCGAUAUCUACAACGGCGAAGACAUAAGCAUCCACCAAGGGCAACCAUGGGCCUACAAAUUCGAAGUUCCCCACUGGCCGAAAGACGAAAACAUUCUACUCGGACGUGGCGAAGCCGAACUCGAAAUCGGCAUGGGAUACAUGUUACACGGACACCUCUCCAUCAACGAAGGCAAAAAUUGGACGCGAACUGCUUUUGAAGUGGAUGAUGCGGUAGAAUUAUGCAGUGCUGCUAGAAUGGAAGAUCGAUGUCCGCAGUUUCGUCUUGCGGGUUUGGUGCUUGAGGUUGAGGAUAAAUGGGUUACUUUGGGAUGGGAGAGAAAUGAUGAUGAUGUGGGAAAUUUUGCGUGGGUCUAUGUGAGGAUUCGUUUGGAGUUUGCUGAUGAGGAUAUGCUGUUUAAGCAGUAUUAUGUGGAGGGUUAUAUGAAUGGAUAUGAUCGUAUGAAGGAUUGGGUUGCGACUUUAGUCACUAUUGCUCCUUGA